AUGGUGUUAUUAGAGACAAUACCACGCUCCUCGUCCACAGAGUUUGCCAAAGUGCCGUUUCGGCGAAGGCCUUCGGAUUACGCGAACAAAAAGUAUUCGCCGCGAUUGAGUUUGCCGGAGAAACACGAAACUUUUGUCGCGGCAUGGCCGUCACGAAAGAGUGUUUGUAAUACCAUGAGUAAUCCGAUUGUGAUCGAAAGUACUCAGAAUGGAGUACCAUUCUAUACCAAUAUUUACAGUGUACGGUAAUACGGUUUUUGAAAAAAAAAUUUAGAAAAGGGUGGGGGGGGAGGGUAAAAUUUAUUCAAAUAGUACCACUGGUGCUAAAAAUUAUAUUAAUGGUGCUAAUAGUACUAAAAAACCUAAUAAUAGUACCAUUAGUACAAAAAAUAAAAAAUUUGAAAAGUAUUAGGUGCCGACAUAAAGAACCCGCCAUUUUUUACAAGAAAUUAUAGGCGAAGUAUGGCGGGUUCUGUAUGCCGGCACCUAAUACUGUGCUAGCACAAUAUAUCCUUGUCAUUUCAGGCCGAUACCUCAGCCAACCAACCCGAUCUCACUCAUCAACGUACUCGAAUUCGAAGUUCGCAGAAGCAGCCCGACUACAAGAACAAUAACAAUCUUUUCCUGAACCGGCCGCCAUUACCGGUCGGUCCAGAAAAUGGGUCAUUACGACGCACUUUUCAAAUAAAUGAAACUGAGUUUCCAAUUGUGAAUCCGUCCACAUCGUACGAUGCUACACAACGAAGAGGCAUACAGAAGGACGGUAAUGGCCAUACUGUAGUUUUGGGAGAUAGGAAUGGUCAUACUGUAACAAAUGGUCAUGCUGUAGCUAAUGGUCAUGCUGUAGCCAAUGGUCAUACUGUAGCUAAUGGUCAUGCUGUAGCAAAUGGCCAAACUGUAGGACCGAUAAAUCAUACAGUAGACCGCAACGGACGACCAAUCAUAUCAGUCGACCGUACCAACAAUAUCAACGCGAUGGAACGUAGUGGACAUAGUAUUACCUCAAUUUCACAAAACUCAACCCCAAUCGACUACGCGCCUCAUACGCUGGCUACAAUCGACCGCAACCCUCAUGUGUUAGCUGGAAUCGACCGAAACUCUCACCGAAUCGACCAGAACGGCCAUGCUCAUCAGAACGAUCGUACUACCCACCUAGUAGACCGUAACCCCUACUAUGUAGAUAGAGCAGCACCAUUAGCACCGCCAGAACGUGUUGGAGUCGCAGCUUCACCUCAGAUUCAAGUACGACGUCAGAAGCCUACCGUAAUCACAGCACGACCACCGUCACCUCAAAUGUCGCGUAAUGGUACCGUACAGAAUAUAGUACCAUAUGGUUCAUCUCAAAACGUACUUUAUACCACUAAGCAUCGUCCAGCUUCACCAUCACAGUACAGUACCGUGUCUCAACAAAACUUAGCGCCCUACAGUACCAAAAAUCGACCAGCAUCACCACAACAAAGUUCAGUACAAUACAGUACUAAACACCGUCCAGCCUCACCUCAACUUCAGAAUCGACCAGCUGGUGUAGCCGUUCAUCAAAGACUUCAACGACCAUCCUCAAUAUCACCACCAACCUCAUCCAACGGUGACGAUACUUCCGUGACCAUCAGAAUGCAUCCAGAUUCUCGCGGUCGCUUUGGCUUCAACGUCAGCGGUGGAGCGGACUGUAGCCAUCCUGUAAUCAUCAGUAGAAUCAUUGUAGGCAGUCCAGCUGAUCGAUGUUAUCCUCGGCUGAACGAAGGAGAUCAGGUGCUACGGAUCAACGACCAAGACAUCUCGAAGUGGUCGUUCGUGAACGUGGAGAACUACAUCCGAAGCGUACGAUCGUUUGGUGAAAUGUCAAUGACGAUUCGGCCGAACGUCUAUCGCUACGGUGAACUGGAAGAUUCGGAAAAUCAGGAUUCUGAAAACCAGAAUGUGGCCACACCUCACGUUAGUGAAACAGUACCACGCUCUGACAAACUGUCCCAUUCACUAAAAUUGCUGAAAGAGACGAUUGAAAAUGGCAAUGUCAUCAAACAGUUCGAGUCGCUACAUCGUAAGAAGGCCGGUCUUACCAUGGAUAUUAGUCAAACAUCAGCCAACAUACGAAAGAACCGCUACCAAGACAUACGACCAUACGACAUUACUAGGGUGGUACUCGAAAAAGCACCAAGUGGUGACUAUAUCAAUGCUAGUCAUGUUAACAUGGAAAUACCUUCUACUGGCAUAGUAAAUCGCUACAUUGCUACACAAGGACCAUUACCACAUACUUCGGGUGACUUUUGGUACAUGGUAUGGGAACAAUGUUCAACUACAAUAGUAAUGUUGACAACUACAGUAGAGAACGGUCGUAUUAAGUGUCAUCAAUAUUGGCCAAGUAAGAAGGAUACAUUAGAGUUUGGACAGUUAGUGAUAACGAAUUUGGGCGAAAGAAGUGAUAGAUAUUGUUUUUACCGAGAAUUAAGUGUCAAGAACAAGAUGACAAGAGAAGAACGACGAGUCACUCAAAUGCAAUAUACAGCAUGGCCCGAUCAUGGAGUACCCGAGAAUCAGAAACACUUUAUCGACUUUGUAGCUGAAGUCAGAAGAGCUAGGAAUGGGUCACUGGAUCCUAUUAUCGUACACUGUUCAGCUGUAAGUAGGGAGGGGGGUUAUUUUAAACUUAGGCUUUGAUUUAGGCUUAGUUUUAGGCUUAGCUUAGGCUUAGCUUAGGCUUAGCUUAGGCUUAGCUUAGGCUUAGCUUUAGGCUUAGCUUAGGCUUAGCUUUAGGCUUAGCUUAGGCUUAGCUUUAGGCUUAGCUUAGGCUUAGCUUUAGGCUUAGCUUAGGCUUAGCUUUAGGCUUAGCUUAGGCUUAGCUUUAGGCUUAGCUUAGGCUUAGCUUUAGGCUUAGCUUAGGCUUAGCUUUAGGCUUAGCUUUAGGCCUAGCUUAGGCUUAGCUUUAGGCUUAGCUUAGGCUUAGCUUAGCUUAGGCUUAGCUUUAGACUUAGCUUAAGCUUAGCUUUAGGCUUAACAUAAGCUUUACUUGGGCUUAGGCAGUUCAAUUAGUAGGCUUAUGCCUUUUAAAGCUUGCAUAAUAUUUUCGACCGUUUCAGGGUAUCGGCCGAACAGGAGUGUUGAUAUUGAUGGAAACAGCGGCCUGCUUGAUCGAAAGCAAUGAACCAGUAUACCCACUGGACAUUGUUAAGGUUAUGAGAGAACAAAGGGCUAUGUUAAUUCAAACUACUGUAGGUUUUUUCAAUUUUCUUUCUUAUUUUAGGUAACAAAAGGUAUUAUUUAUGUCAAAAAUUAGUCUGAAUUCAAAAAUUUAAAAGCUUUAGGUAAUAACUAUAUAAGAAAUGUAAAAACGUUGGGUAAUACCAAUAUAAAUAUGACAUUUUCAGGAACAGUACGUAUUCGUAUGUGAAUGCAUUCUACGGUCCUAUACAGAUGGAGUGUUAAAACCAUUGGCUGAGUACCAAAAACGAUAG